CCUGGCUGCUGAACAGGUAAUCCUGGAGAUGACCAUGAACAUCAGCUACACGGCAGACCUGGCUGACUCCAGCUCACAGGCGUUCAGAACUCUGGCACGCACGGUCUCCAGCAAGAUAUUCGUGUACCUGUCGAGCUCGACCAGCGGCCUUCUCAGCGUCACGGUCAGCAGUUUCCGGCCAGGCAGUGUCGUGGCCACCGUGAACGCCAACUUCCAACAGAACACCUCGGUAGACGCCGCCAGCGUGGUGAACACAUUGAAGCAGGCCGUUGCCAACGACACUGAGAAUCCACUGGGGCUAGAUACCAGCUCCUUCGAACAACUCUACACGGCAGACCUGGCUGACUCCAGCUCACAGGCGUUCAGAACUCUGGCACGCACGGUCUCCAGCAAGAUAUUCGUGUACCUGUCGAGCUCGACCAGUGGCCUUCUCAGCGUCACGGUCAGCAGUUUCCGGCCAGGCAGUGUCGUGGCCACCGUGAACGCCAACUUCCAACAGAACGCCUCGGUAGACGCCGCCAGCGUGAUGAACACAUUGAGGCAGGCCGUUGCCAACGACACUGAGAAUCCACUGGGGCUAAUCAGGCACACCGGAAUCGACAUCGUCAAGGACAGUGAUGACGUCAGCAGCACAGUCUGCUAUACCGGAAUUGACGACGUCACGGACAAUGAUGACGUCAGCAGCACAGUCUACAGCGGGGUCGACAGAACAAACAACUUCAGGGGUGUUCACUACCGACAUUGUGACAGAAACGUCAGCAGAGACACAGUCGACGACACCAUCUUCAACUGA